AUUCUAUAUGGUCUAUACUUGGUACAAUUAUUCACAAUAAGUCUUUGUAUUGGAAGUUGGCUUAUUCUGUUGAAGAAUAUGCUGGAGGAGAAGAAGAUGAAGGUGAAGAAGGGCUGGCUUGCGGUUGAAGUAGGGUUAGAGGAGGAGGAUGGAGGCUUCCAGCGCUUCGUUAUUCCCAUAUCCUACUUAUACCAUCCCCUCUUCAAGAGGCUCUUGGAGAAAGCUCAAGAGGUAUACGGCUUCCACACGGCUGGGCCGCUGCGCCUCCCGUGUUCCGUCGAUGAUUUCCUCCAUCUCCGGUGGCGGAUUGAGAGGGAAAAUGGCUCCCACCACAACCACCACCACCAUCAUCACCACCUCUCCGGUGCCUUGUCCUUCCACUCUUGUUGAUGGGGUCAUCAUGGACGCACACACACUACACCACUUGGGUUUCCCCCCUUUUUUCUCUCUCCUUUUUUCCUACUUUUUCUGGGCGGGUUUUUGUUAGGAGUUUUGUGAGGGAAGAAGUUUCCCAAUUUCGUCAUGUUUUUAUUGAUGAUGAAUGAAGGUGCAUGGUUAAUUAUGUGCAAUUAAAUGUCUCUUUUAUAUAGAUAUAUAAAUAAUUAAGGAAAACACUUCUCCAA